AUGCUCGGCCUCGAGGGUGCUGGCAAGACCACAUUCCUGUACAAGUUGAGGAUCAAUGGGUACAAGAAAGAUGACGUUAAGCAGGACAUGAGGUUCCUAAAGAAGGACAAGAAGGAUCCCGGGUACCAUUUUGAGGAGUUCAGCAGUCCAUCUAUUGGGCAGUACGGCGUCUGGGAAGUGCCUGGUGAUGACGUUAUGCGGCCCCUGUGGCCGAUGUUCUACAGGUACUUGCACAUCCACUGUGUUAUCUUUGUGGUGGAUGCCUUCUCGCCAGACUGUUGUGAUCUUACCAAGGAGAACUUCCAUAAACUGAGCAAGGCAAGAGAUGCACUCUUCCAUCUUCUCAACGAGGAUGAGCUCCGGGUCUCUGUGUUCUUUUUGGUUCUAAAUGUGGACCGAAACACGGAGGAUGCUGCUCGAAAGGAAGAUGAGGAGCAGACUGAUAACGCACUCUUCGAGAUGCUGGGCGUACCAGAGAUUGAGCAGAUGCCACACCUGAAGACGCGCUUUCGGAAGGUCGUGAUGAACUGCGCCAACAUCUCACGAAAAGACUCCAACUGGGAGAACAUGCUGAAGGAAUUCCGCAAGAUGCAAGUGCAAAUCCAGGGCGAGAUCUGA